GAAGUGCGAAAUUACGGCUUUCAAAGCCCAAAAAGCAAUUAUACUUGUUCUCUAAAUAUUAUUACAUCUCUCCCACUAAAGCUACUAAACCCUUCCCCUAGUUCCCUUAAAAACUCUCUGAAACAGAGCAACCAAACAUGGCGUCGAAGGCUCUGGGGGGUUUGGGUUUAUCCAAGCCCAUAACCACCUUGAAUACGAUGAUGCAGAAGAAACCUGCGGUUCUAUACCACUAUCCUUGCCCAGACGGCGCUUUUGCAGCUCUGGCAGCUCACCUAUUCUUCUCUGCUGCUUCUCUUCCUGUGAUGUUCUUCCCCAACACUGUCUACAACCCCAUCACCCUCGAUCAGCUCCCUCUCGCCGAAAUCAGUGAUAUUUACCUUCUAGACUUCGUGGGUCCAUCCGGGUUUGUUCGGGAAAUCUCUUCCAAGGUCAGCAGAGUGGUGGUUUUGGACCACCACAAGACGGCGGUGGAGAGUCUUUGCGGUGAGAGUUCUUCUUCAUUUGGUGAGAAUGUAGAGAGGGUUAUUGAUAUCAGAAGGAGUGGAGCUACUAUUGCUUUUGAUUAUUUCAAGGAAAAGGUUGCUAGUGACAAGGUGGUUAGGGAAUUUGACAGGGUUAGGAGGUUGUUUGAGUAUAUUGAAGAUGGGGAUUUGUGGAGGUGGAACCUUCCUAAUAGUAAAGCUUUCAGUAGUGGUCUGAAGGAUUUGAAUAUUGAAUUCCAUGUGCAUUUGAAUCCAUCCUUGUUCAAGCAGUUGCUUUCUUUGGAUUUGGAGGAGGUAAUUAGUCAGGGAAUGACAAGCUUAUCCAAAAAGCAGGAAUUGAUAGAUGAUGCUCUUAGUCAAUCGUAUGAGAUAGCUCUUGGGGGUGGAGCGUUUGGACAUUGCCUGGCUGUGAAUGCGGAUUCUAUUUUGGAGUUGAGGAGUGAACUUGGACAUCAAUUAGCUACUAAAAGCCGUAAUCUAAAGUUGAGGGCCAUUGGUGCAGUAGUUUACAGCGUUCCAGAGCUUGAAAAUGAUAAGUUGCUAAAGAUAAGCCUUAGAAGUGUGGACAGUGAAGACACAACACCCAUCUCGGAGGAGUUUGGAGGUGGUGGGCAUCGACAUGCGAGCUCUUUCAUGCUAAGCUCAGCGGAAUUUGAGCAAUGGAAGGUUUGCUUGAAUGCUUGAAAAAAAUAUCCAAAGUUGUUGGGUAUGUUCUGUUUCUAGCAUUUUUAUAUGCUAAGUCAAGGAGCCAUAGAUUUCUAGACAAAUUGUAAAAGCUAACAUGGUGGUUAGUUUUAGUUGUUCUUUUCUUAGCCAAAAAAUAAUCAAUGUCCAGUGUCCUUAAUCACAGGGGCUGUCAAGGACAGAAAAGGAGAGGGGGAGAGGGAGCGUUCCCUUUAUUUAUUUAUUUAUUUAUAAUUGUUUUUGGCUGUUUUCUUUUGUCUUUUUCCUUUCUCAUUUUGUAUUUUGUUUUAUUUUGUUAUAGGAUAUUUUUGUUAUUUUAUUUUCCAAAUAAUAGAUAGAAGAUUCAGUUUCCUUCCA